AUGCCAAAUAAAGACGCACAAGAAGAAAACAAUACGCACAAAAGUAAAACGAAAGUCCUGGCAACUGGUAAGGCGAGAUUGGGCGCCAUUAACCUGAAAGGGGAGCCGGGUCAACGCGAGAAAGCGUGGAAGUUAUGGCAAGAACGAUUUGAGCGGGCUAUGCGAUGGAGCGACACGGAUAAGCUCGAUCUGUUCCUGUUAGUGGGCGGAGAGGAACUCCUGAAAUUAAUCGAAACGUUACCGGAGCAGCCUACAAAUUACGAGUCGCAUAUUCAAGAGCUAAACAACAAUUUUGAGGCACGCGGAAACAAUACCUUAGAGCUAUACAAGUUCUUCAACAUCGACUGGCCUACCGAGGUACCGUUCGAGGAUUUUGAAACCAAAUGCAGAGAACAAGGGCUACACUGUGAGUUCCCGAUAACUAUAGAAAAUGCUACUGCUGGCAGUGGUCAAAACGAAAAAUGGAGAGCUACGCAACGAAUCGAUCCGAAAGAAUGGAGAUCUGAAAUUGGUGCGUGA